GAAGCUAGCACCGGAAACACUGUUGGUGGCGUUGGCGGUGGUUUAUGGGGCGCCGCUACGUCUUCUUCCAGUGUUGGUGUAGCCAUCGCUGUCACGGCCAUGGCCGGUAUCGCCUUGGCCGCCACCGUCGUCUAUUCUCGUAGGUAAAAUAACAAAGUCAACAAUAAAAAAACCCUGAAGUGUUCGAAUAAUUGACACUCUAAUUCAAAACUUAGAUUAACCGUCGCCAAAGAAACCCUAGAUAGAUAUAUUUAGAUGUUGAUGCAACAGAAACCGUUAAUGAGAGCCUUAAGGCGAAGCCAUACUCCUUUUUCCACAUCUUCUUCGACGUCAAACUCCUCCUCGUCACCGUCACCGUCAUCAUCAUCAUCGUGGAUAUAUUUGAGAUCAGUUUUAUUAGUAGUUGCCUCCUCUUCGUUGUCCUCAUCAUCUUCCUCCUCACCAGCUUCUACUAAUCGGGGUAGUCUUAAAUCGCCUUGGUCGCGUAGGAGAAGAAAACAUGCGCUUUUACCAAAGCAAUGGAAAAGUUUAUUUAUGCCUGAUGGGAAAUUGUGUGAUGGUGGUGUCAAGUUUCUGAAGAAAGCCCGAAGUGGGGGUGUUGAUCCAAGUAUUAGACCAGAGGUUUGGCCAUUUCUCCUUGGAAUCUAUGAUGUGAACAGUUCCAAGGAAGAAAGAGAUUGCAUUCAAGAUGAGAAAAGAAAAGAAUAUGAGAAUCUACGGAAACAGUGCCGAAGACAUCUCAGAUGCAAUGAUAGGAGUUUUAAGGCCAAGCAAGCUGUUGGAAUCAGCAGUGCUGAGGUUAGCGGGGACUCGAGUCAAGUUAUGGAUUUUCCUGGAUUAGAAGAUGUUAAUAGUACCAGGAUGACACCUUCUGCUGAGCAAGGCAACUUAUCUGCUGAGGAUUCAGAUUUCCCUGAUGAAGCUCCUCAGGGCUCUGAAUCAAUAUUGGAAGGAGGUGAUGAUAGGAGUGUGGUCACCUAUGAAGAUGGCUUGGCUGGAGAGACGGAGUCAACUGAUUCCGAUUCCUCUGAAGAACCAGAAAUUGCAGAAUCUUUUCUUGCAACUGAAUUUACAGGUGAAAAUGAUUUUGAUUUGCCUUCUCAGGAGAAUUCCUCUCCCUUUGAGACAAAAAGCAGGUUGAACUUGCAGAAAGAUGAGGAUUUUGCCACAUGGCAGAGAAUCAUGCGUGUUGAUGCAGUGCGGGCAAAUGGUGAAUGGACAAUGUACUCUCCAUCUCAGGCAGAAGUAUCAGAGAUGAAGGCACGACGAUUGGCUGAGAGUGUAGGGUUGCAGGACUAUGAUCACUUGGAGCCAAGCAGGAUCUUUCAUGCUGCUCGCCUCGUCACUAUCCUCGAGGCAUAUGCACUUUAUGAUCCUGAGAUUGGUUACUGCCAAGGAAUGAGUGAUUUACUCUCACCCAUUAUUGCAGUGAUGGAGGAGGAUUUUUUAGCCUUCUGGUGUUUUGUGGGCUUCAUGAAGAAAGCUCGGCACAAUUUCCGUCUCGAUGAAGUGGGAAUCCGGAGGCAACUGGGUCUUGUUUCCAAGAUAAUUAAGUGCAAGGAUAGCCAUCUCUACAAGCACCUGGAGAAGCUUCAAGCAGAAGACUGCUUCUUUGUGUACAGAAUGGUGGUGGUUCUUUUCAGAAGGGAGUUAAACCUUGAUCAAACACUCUGCCUCUGGGAGGUGAUGUGGGCUGACCAAGCAGCAAUACGGGCAGGGAUUGCCCAGUCUGCCUGGGGGAGGAUGAGGCUAAGGGCCCCUCCUAGUGAUGAUUUGCUGCUUUAUGCAAUAGCAGCUUGUGUGCUGCAGAGGAGGAAACUGAUCAUUGAGAAGUACAGCAGUAUGGAUGAGAUCAUGAGAGAAUGCAAUAGCAUGGCCGGUCAGUUGGAUGUAUGGAAGCUUCUCGAUGAUGCACAUGACUUGGUGGUCAACCUGCACGACAAGAUUUAAGAAAUAAUUCUUCCUUUUUCUUUUGCUCUUCGUAGAUUUCCAUUUCGUCCUUGUUGCUGUGCGCAGAUCCCUUAAAAAAUAAGGGAUCUUCGGAUCACUUCAACUCCUAGCUCGAAACAAAAGCAACUGAUAGGCAAUUUGUUUAACGGGGUAAAUUAUGGAAUUCUGAAUGCUGUGCCCGCACUCUCCGUGAGUGAUAGUGGCAUCAAUGCAAAUUUAGCAUUUUGAUCUUCCUUUUCAA